GUGCGUAACGCCACGCACAAAGAAGGCGGGAUGCGCCCUGCCCUGUUUAAGUUAGUGUGUGUUUGGCUGCAGGGACUCCCUCCUCACUCACACCGAGCUGAGGAUAUCUGGGACUGAGAGAUUCACAGAGGCAGCCGGGUCAGUCGACCGGACCGGCAAGGUUGCAACAUGCGCUCGCCACUGUGUGCUGCGUUUCAGCCCCUCAGCGCACCUGGCGCGUCGCUCGGCUCAGUUUUAACGUGCUCAAUUCUUCCUUCCCGUCUGUUUUGCACUCCACAUCAGGCUGGCAGUUUACCCGGACAUUGGGGACAAUAUGGUGACUGGCUGAUAACUGAGCCCGUCUCCGCGCAAGGAUCAAUGGACUGUAGUUUUACUUGAAGAGACACAUGGAGAACCCAGCAAAGUACCUCUCAUCGGUGCAGGGGGUUGACUCUGUGCCGGCACCGCUUGGAGAGAUUAUGUGGAACGGCACCGAAACGGAGGCAACAAGCGAAGGGAGGAAAGAUAUGGUUGUGCGCACAGUGACGGGCUGUCUGUUGUCGCUGCUAAUCCUAUGGACCCUGCUGGGUAACAUCUUGGUCUGCGCCGCGGUGCUGCGCUUUCGGCACCUGCGGACCAAAGUCACCAACAUUUUCAUUGUCUCCCUGGCACUAUCGGAUUUAUUUGUGGCCGUCCUGGUGAUGCCAUGGAAAGCUGUGGCAGAGGUGGCGGGGUACUGGCCGUUUGGUACUUUCUGUAACGUCUGGGUCGCCUUUGAUAUCAUGUGUUCCACUGCCUCUAUACUCAACCUCUGCAUUAUUAGCGUGGAUAGGUACUGGGCAAUCUCGAGCCCCUUCCGCUACGAGAGGAAAAUGACCCAGCGAGUUGCCUUUGUUAUGAUUAGCAUCACUUGGACGUUGUCUGUGCUCAUUUCAUUCAUACCGGUCCAGCUAAACUGGCACAAAGCCAGUGAUGACGACAUGGUUGGGGAACACAACUCUUCCAGGAGUCGGCAGAUAGAAGAAAACUGCGACUCCAGCCUGAGCAGAGAGUAUGCUAUAUCCUCCUCGUUGAUAAGUUUCUAUAUUCCCGUGGCAAUUAUGAUUGUAACAUAUACCAGAAUAUAUCGUAUUGCACAAAUCCAAAUUAGAAGAAUAGCCUCCCUGGAGAGAGCGGCGGAACACGCGCAAAGUUGCAGGACCAACAGAAUAGAGUGCCAACACCACAACACCUUGAAGACGUCUAUAAAACGGGAAACCAAAGUGUUCAAAACUUUGUCGGUGAUUAUGGGUGUCUUUGUGUGUUGCUGGUUACCUUUCUUCGUUCUAAACUGCAUGGUCCCGUUCUGCGAUAGGCCUGCCACGGACCGGGACGCGGGCCUGCCGUGCGUAAGCGAAACGACUUUUGACGUGUUCGUGUGGUUCGGAUGGACCAACUCCUCGCUGAAUCCUAUUAUCUACGCCUUCAACGCUGAGUUCAGGAAGGCCUUCUCGAGCCUCUUGGGCUGCCGCCAUUUCUGCUCGAACACGCCCGUAGAAACUGUCAACAUCAGCAACGAGCUGGUCUCAUACAACCAAGACACCCUCAUCCACAAGGAAAUCGCAAACGCGUAUGUCAACAUGAUCCCCAAUGUGGUCGAAUGUAUUGAGCACGAAGAGACUUUUGACAGGAUUUCCCAGUUUUCUCACAACAACGAAAACGCCACGGACUCGGUUUGUGACCUGGAGGACUGCGAGGCCGACAUCAGUCUUGACAGGAUGUCGCCAUUCACACCCAAUGGAUUACACUGACUCCACACCUCGUGUCUCCCCGUGCGUAAUUGGAUGUAUUGAUAACAAUGUCAUGUCAUGGUCCAUUUUCAUCAGCUUCAGAGAACAGAGGAUCUCCACUCAGAGGCUCACAGGAGGCCAGAGUUUUCUGAGUUGAGCAGACGUCCUUACACCUGGUGGGAGGGUCUAUUGACUUGCUCAUGGACACUUCAGCAGGGCGUAUGUCUCUGUAGCCGCGUAGGCCACCCUGUCACCGCUUUGCGUCAUAUAUGAGAUGUGAUGUUGUUGUCCUGUUCUGACAAAAGUGAUGUGUAGGUGUUUAUUUACAUGACAAGUGAAGUCUGUGUUCCUUUGUUCAAAGGUUCGGUGUUGCUGAAGCUGUUGUUUACUCAAAGGCUUUACUUGGAGCAUCAGUGUCUAACGUCCGUCCACUUGGAGGGAAAAUGUUUGAAAAACCUCGCUGAGGAUUCGUGAUAGAUUUUUUUUUUUUUUUUUUUGCUGCUUCAAAACCUCAUGUGUAUCCAGUGCCCACUUUUCCACUGAGUAUGAAAACUGAGGCCAGCCUUACAGACAGUGUAACCGAGAUAGUCAAAUGCAGUCGUUUCAGCGCCUUAUAGCUUAAUCAAAGAAGAGUUCUGAGACAGGAAUGUGCUCUAUGGAGUUUAAGUUAUAUGAUGCCAAAAUGCAGUAUUAAAGUGUUUCGCCACUGCACCCACCCUCGCACUAACUCCUCAAGCACACCUUCUUUGCACCACAUGGACUAUUAUGCAGGUUCAUCCAGACAAAGAUGAUUGAAUAAGACAUGGUGAAAAAGCACAAACUUUAAUUCUACGACAAUAACAAAAAAAAUUGAACAGAAUUCGCAGAUUAAUUUAAACAAAUACAUCUGUAACUAUUUUCUCUGAUCUUAAAUUUCUGCGUUCACUGAGGCCAAAACUACAGUAAUUGUUCUGAUUUGUCGGUCACAGUCAACUCUUACUGAAACACAAAAACAGAAAAAGAAAAAUAGUCUGAACUGUCCUAAAUGACCAAAGACUUCAAGGAGUGAAUCGGUAACUCAGACACAAUAAGGCUACAGUGUUUGUGGGAUUUGCUAUAGAUUUGCUAUAGACAGCCUGCACAUGUUUCAGGCCACCGGGCAAACACCAAGUGGAAGUCAUUCAUCACCUCUCCCACAUCUCUUUUAUCUUUGUACUGUACAGAUGACCUGAUCUGAAUGUAUACUGCUGUCCUUCAAACAGUGAAGUGUGUCAUCAUUUGUCUAAUAAAAUGCUGUCAUGCUGA